AUGACCAGAGAGAACCCGAGGAAGUUGUCGCCGCAGCCAUUUCCCCAAACAUCUCAACUAGCUGGCCUCGGAGGGGAAGGAGCGCCGAGGCGGCUGAAAAUGGUGAACAUGAAUCAAACAUCAAAUCAGACGCAAACAGAUUCCUUAUCUCCAUCCCCUAAUCCUGUGUCACCUGUGCCUUUGAAUAACCCAACAAGUGCCCCAAGAUAUGGAACAGUGAUCCCUAAUCGCAUCUUUGUAGGAGGAAUUGACUUUAAGACAAAUGAAAAUGAUUUAAGAAAAUUCUUUUCCCAGUAUGGGUCUGUAAAAGAAGUGAAGAUCGUAAAUGACAGAGCUGGAGUGUCUAAAGGGUAUGGUUUCGUCACUUUUGAAACGCAAGAAGAUGCACAAAAAAUUUUACAAGAGGCUGAGAAACUUAAUUAUAAGGAUAAGAAACUGAACAUUGGUCCAGCAAUAAGAAAACAACAAGUAGGGAUCCCUCGUUCUAGUAUAAUGCCAGCAGCUGGAACAAUGUAUUUAACAACUUCAACUGGAUACCCUUAUACUUACCAUAAUGGUGUUGCUUAUUUUCAUACUCCAGAGGUAACUUCUGUCCCACCACCUUGGCCUUCACGUUCUAUAUCUAGCUCCCCUGUGAUGGUAGCUCAGCCUGUUUAUCAACAACCUGCAUAUCACUACCAGGCCCCUGCACAGUGUCUACCAGGACAGUGGCAGUGGGGUGUUCCUCAGUCUCCUGCCUCUUCUGCGCCAUUCUUAUACCUGCAACCUUCUGAAGUUAUUUAUCAACCAGUGGAAAUUGCACAAGAUGGUGGAUGUGUUCCUCCUCCACUGUCUCUGAUGGAAGCUUCAGUUCCAGAGCCUUAUUCUGAUCAUGGAGUUCAAGCAACAUAUCACCAGGUUUAUGCUCCAAGUGCCAUUGCUAUGCCUGCACCUGUGAUGCAGCCUGAGCCAAUUAAAACAGUGUGGAGCAUUCAUUAUUAAGACACUGGGCAGCUCUAGUCCAACUCAACAGAUAUAUUGUCCAAUGAUCCUUGUGUGGCCGAGAUCCAGCUUCAAUGAAUCGGCUAGAAGCUGCCCGUUGUGAAACUUAGGGUUAGUUAAUACCUCACCAUACUUACUUAUUCCACUAUAAGCUGUCUAAAUUUGAUGAAAUUUGCUUUUUCAGCUGUUCUACAGAAUUAUUUAGAUAGAUGUGACAUGUUGGGAUUUUUAUGUGUUUUAUCUAACUGUAGUGACCUUUUCUACAUGUUUUAUCCAUUCUAUAAAUAAUAACCACAUUGGGAAUAGU